AUGGAUAAUAAUACAUUAACAUCAACAACAGAUAUAGAUUCAUUUGUUGAUAGUCAACCGAUGAAUGAUGCAGAAUUAACAAAAUUUCAUGAAUCAAUACUACAAAUGUUUCGUUCAGAGAAAAUUGGACCAAAAAUGCAUUUGAUAUUGUACUUAUUGAUUAUUUACCUGCUAUAUUUGAAGCAACAAGACGAUAAUGAUCUUUCUUUAUCAACGGAUGUAAAUACAACAACUCAAUCUAGUCAAUUAUUAACUCCAACUAGUCUUAUAUCAUCAUCAUCUACAAUAAAUCAUGCUAAUACACCAAUACGAUCACGUACAAAUAGUAUAACAAGUAAUUCAAGUAUUCUCGCGAAUGCUGCUAAUCUUCUUACCGAUGCACCAAAUGAAUAUUCAUAUCUUGAUUCAACUAAAGUAAAUGCAUUUAUAAAUGAAAUUAAUAAUAAUAAUAAUACUAAACUUGAUGAUAUUAUUAUAUCACCAUCAAAAUUAAUACGUAAACGACGUUUAAGUAUUGAAUAUCCAUUUCCAUUUCUUGUUGAACAAGCUAAAAAACAACGAAUGAUACCAAAAAAAUUACGUGAACAAUUAUUAAAACAUAAUUUAUUAUUACGACCACCAUCACCUGAAUAUGAAUUUUUACCAUUUGAUAAUACAAAUGAUUUAACAAAUAAUAUCAAUGAUUUUAUUUUACCAAAUUCAUCAAAUAAUAAUUUAAAUGAUUUAAUCAUAUCAAAUUCAUCGUUAAUAUUAAAACGACAACGUGCAAUUGAUUUUCGUCAUUUACAAACAAAUAUGAAACAAAUUAUAUUUAAACAUUUUGAAACAAAUAAAAAUAUAUUUUUUAGUGAAGUUUAUUCAACUAUACAUCAAGAUGAUAAUCAACAAAUAUCAUCAUCUGAUAUUGGAAUUUGUUUUGCUGCUUUACUUAAUAAUUCUGUACGAUAUCAAUUUAUACUUGAAUCAAACGAAAUACAAGAUGAUAUUCAUAUUUCAUCUCCUAUAUUUAAUAAUAAUAAUAAUAAUUAA